AUUUCAUAUUUCAGAUAAUGUAAAAGAAGAAAUGACUAUGGAAGAAAUAGAGAUAAAGAAGAGGAGAUUUUCAUUAAGAUAGAAAUUUGUCCAUUUUCUAGUUUAAAGGAAACAUAUCAAAGGGAUUUUCAGGAGAAAGAUGUUUAGAUGGAAAAUACAGAAAUUAAAGCAAGAAUGACAGAGAAUAUAAAAGAAGAAAUAAUUAUGGAAGAAAAAGAGAUAAAAGAAGAAAUUAUCAUCAUUGAUAAAGUUAAACCAUCUUCUAGUUUAGAGGAAAUUUGUACUUUGGAUGUACAGGCUGAAGAUGUUAAGAUGAAAAAUACAGAAAUUAUAGAUACUUUUACUGGUAAUUCAUCACAAGAAAUAGAGAUGGAGGAGUUUAAGAUGAAAGAAGAAAUUCUCCCAGGUUCUACUGUAGAAGAUACAUGUACAGUUUAUGUACAGGGAGAGAGCAUGAAGAUGGAAGGUGAAAAUGUUAUUAAUGAAGAAAAUCCUCUUUACUCUCAACCAAAGAGAACCAAGAAAAGUAAACAUGAAGGAGAAGGAUACCCUUGUGGUCGCUGUGAUUAUGUUGCCACCCAAGCUAGUCAUCUCAAAAAACAGUUGAAAGUAAGCAUGAAGGAGUGAAAUAUCCCUGUAAAUACUGUGAAUUUGCUGCCACUGAAGCUGGCAACCUAAAGAGGCAUGUUGAAAGUAAGCAUGAAGGAGUAAGAUAUCCCUGUAAAAAUUGUAAAUAUGCUGCCACUACAGCGGGUGAUUUGAAGAGACAUGUUGAAAGUAAGCAUGAGGGGGUGAGAUAUCCCUGUAAACACUGUGAAUAUGCUGCCACUACAGCAGAUCAUCUAAAGAGACAUGUUGAAAGUAAACACGAAGGAGUGAGAUACCCCUGUGCAAAUUGUGAAUAUGCUGCCAUUACAGCAAGUGUUUUGAAGAGACAUGUUGAAAGUAAGCAUGAGGGUGUAAGAUAUCCCUGUAAACACUGUGAAUAUGCUGCCACUACAGCAGGUCAUCUAACGAAACAUAUUGAAAUUAGGCAUAAAGGAUUGAAAUAUCCCUGUAAACACUGUGAAUUUGUUUCCACUGAAGCUGGCAACCUGAAGAGACAUGUUGAAAGUAAGCAUAAAGGAGUAAGAUAUCCCUGUAAACAUUGUGAAUACGCUGGCACUCAAGCAGGUGAUCUAAAGAAACAUGUUAUAAAUAAACAUGAGGGAGUAAGGUAUCCCUGUAAGCAAUGUGAAUAUGCUGGGACUACAGCAGGUUAUCUGAAGAAACAUGUUAAAAAUAAGCAUGAGGGAAUUAGGUAUUCCUGUAAACACUGUGUAGUGUGUAUAUGCCGCCAAUACAGCAAGUGAUUUAAAGAGGCAUGUUGAAAAUAUACAUGAGGGUGUGAGAUAUCCAUGUAAAUACUGUGAUUAUGCUGCCACCCAAGCAGGCGAUCUGAAGAAACAUGUUGAAAGUAAACAUGAAGGAGUAAGAUACCCUUGUAGUGAAUGUGAUUAUACGGCAACACUAGCUAGAAAUCUGAAGAGGCAUAUUGAAUAUAAACAUAGAGGAGUUAGAUAUCCCUGUGACCAUUGUGAUUACAUUGCGAUUACAGAAGGUAUUUUGAAGAGGCAUGUUGAAAGUAUACAUGAGAGUGAGUUAUCCCUGUAAAUACUGUUAAAAUACCACCACUGAAGAAUCGUUUUGAAAGUAAACAUGAGUAAUGAGAUAUCUGUUUUUCAGUUUUGUUAAUGCUUCUAAACAUUUAAUAAAGUUUGAAUACAAUAUUA